AUGGCCGCGACGAUCGAGCUGAAGGACGAGGCCGAAGGGAAGGGCGUGGCGACCUCCGAUUUCUACUUCGCCCGGAUCGGCGACCCGAUACCGGUCGACUUCGCAAGGGACGGCGGCGCCAGGCCGUACGGCCCUGGCCGACUCCCGUCCCGGCCGCUCGCCGUCUCCGAGCGGUUCAAGCGCGUCUUCGUGGCCCACUCCCGUGGGUUUUGCGUCGUGAGGACCGGAGAUGUGAUGGAGUCGGCGAAGGGGAUUAACCGGGGGUGGAGAAGUCGUUCCGUGCGGCGACUGAGCGACGCGGACGUACCCAUGAGGGCGGUUGGCUUGCUCUCGCUUUCUCCUGAUUCUUUGACGCUUGCGGCUUCUGGUGGGGGGACUGUUUACUUCUUCUGGGUUCCUUCGCUUCUCAAUAAGCAGCAAGAACCUUUUUUUUCCUGCUCAUUAGAUGAAGGAAGUUCUGUAAAGGACAUGAAGUGGCUAAAGAAGAGACAAAAUUCAUACAUUCUUAUGACAAGUCGCGGGAACCUGUAUCUUGGGAGCAUUGAUGGACGUUUAGAGUGUUUAAUGGAUAAUGUUGAUGCCGUUGACUGCAGUGCAAAAGAAGAUUAUAUUGCUGUGGCAAGGAAUGACAGCCUAAGUAUUCUUUCAUCCAAAUUAAAUGAGAAGUUCCACAUGGCAUUGUCACUCCAACCAUGGACAGGAGAGUCUGACGAAAUUAGUGUGAAAGUGGAUUCUCUCAAGUGGGUUCGUCCCGAUUGCAUCGUUCUAGGGUGCUUUCAACUUACCUCAAACGGCAUGGAGGAAGGUUAUCUUUUGCAAGUAAUCAGGACUAGAGACGGCAACUUUUUUAAUGCUUCUUCUGAGGCGAUACUGCAGUCCUUUUGUGAUGUUUUCCCUGGAAUUGUGGAUGACAUUAUUCCCGCAGGACGUGGGCCGCAUCUGUUCUUUAACUAUUUGGAACAACGCAAGCUUGCAAUUGCAGCUAACCGAAAAAAUGUGGACCAGCACAUUAUCCUGUUCAGUUGGUCACUUGGUGAGAAUAUGAAUGAAGCAGUAGUUGUUGAUAUUGAUCGAGAUAACUGGCGUCCAAGAAUUGAGCUUCAAGAAAAUGGUGACGACAAUUCAAUCCUGGGGCUUUGCAUUGACAAAGUGUCCAUGGAUGAGACGGUCAGAAUUCAACUUGGAGUUGAUGACCAAAGGGACCUUUCGCCAUUUUGCGUCCUUUUUUGUCUUUCUCUUGAAGGAAACCUCAUUAUGUUCAAUGUUGCCUGGUAUUCUCCUUUGCCCUCUCCUAGUUGCUUUGUUGAUUGUGUUUUACCUUAUUAAAUCUGUUGUCAGCAUGGUAGGCCUCUUCAGCUCACUUCUGCUACAGUGCCUGAGGCGUUAUUUCUUUGUAGUGUUGCAGAACAAA